GCAUCGGCUUCUCUUCUUCUUCUUCUUCUUCUUCUUCGUCUUGGUUGCACAGGCGAGGCGAUGCCUUGGCGCCAUCAACGCCUGGCGUCGCUGACCAAGGUCCUGACCUCCCACGUCAACGCCGCGCGCCACCGGGACGCGGUCGCCUUCUUCACCCGCAUGCUCGCCGACCCCGACCUCCCCCCGCUCCCCGACCCCUCCUUCGCCUUCGCCUUCCCGCUCGUCCUCAAGUCCUCCUCCGCCCUCCGCCUCCCUCCCGCUGCCGUCGACUCCAUCCACGCCCUCGCCGCCAAGUGCGGGUUCCUCUCCAGCCCAUUCGUCGCCUCCGCGCUCGUCGCCUCCUACGGCGCCUGCGCCUCCCCCGCCCUCGCCCGCCGCCUGUUCGACGAAUUGCCCCGCCGCAACGCCGUCGUCUGGAGCGCCAUGAUCUCCGUCCACAUCCGAUCGGGUGACGUCGCCUCCGCGCUGCGGGAGCUCGAUCUCAUGGACGUGGCACCGACCUCCUCCUGCUUCAACUCCGUGAUUGCCGCGGUUGCUGUCUCUGGGGAACAUCCGGCCCGGGCCAUCGAGCUCUACCGACGGAUGCGGAGAAUGGCCGUCCGCCCGUGCCUCAUCACUCUGCUGGCGCUCGUCCCCUCAUGCGCCGCGUUGGGUGCGUUGAGCUCAAUCAAGGAGGUUCACGGUUUUGCUAUGCGGCACGGCAUGUUUGCGAGCUGCCACCUUGGAAGCUCCCUCAUCGAAGCAUACGGACGGUGUGGUUCUCUCGCUGCCGCAAGGGAGGUGUUUGACCAAAUGCAGGAACGUGAUGUGGUUGUCUGGAGCUCUAUUGUAUCAGCAUAUGCGUUCCACGGCCAUGCAGAUGUUGCAAUGUCGCUUUUCAGGCAUAUGGAACUGGACAAUGUCCGGCCUGAUGGCAUUAUGUUCCUUGGCGUAUUAAAGGCUUGCGGCCAUGCUGGUCACGCAGAUGAUGCAUUGAACUAUUUUGAUGUUCUAACUAAAAGAUUUGGAGUGGAGGCCUGUGGAGAUCACUAUUCAUGCUUGGUUGAUGUCUUGGGCCGGGCAGGAAGGCUACACCAGGCUUAUGAUGUUAUACGGACAAUGCCGAUUAAGGCCACCGUGAAAGCCUGGGGUGCUCUUCUUGCUGGUUGCAGGAAAUAUGGGGAGGUGGGGUUAGCAGAGGUUGCAGGGAGAGCAUUGUUUGAGAUGGAACCGGAGAAUGCAGGUAACUUUGUUUCACUUGCAAACAUCUAUUCAGGCAUGGGUAUGCAUGACGAGGCAGAGCGGGUGAGAAGGGAUAUGGAGCAGCGAGGUGUGCGGAGAUUGCCUGGAAGCAGUUGGACGAUACACCGCAAGUCAAGUGAACCUUUUUGAGAAGGGCACCACAGAUUCACGAUAAAAUUUUAUCAAGAUAUUUAAAUCGUUUUGUCUCCAUGAAAAGACAAGCAAUGAGAUCAGCAUCAAGCACUACCAGCAGGCACCAGCAGAUGCAUGUGGGCCAGAGCACUAGCCAGUACCACGG